AUGAGUUCCCUGACCUCUGACCCUAACCAGACAGACAUCAACACUAUCAUCCGACCCCCUUACUUCUUCAUCAGUGGUUUCAUAGCCAUCCCCUACAUGAAGUACUACUACUGCUUCCUCUGUUUUGUAUACAUCAUCUCUCUGGUGGGCAACACCUUCGUCAUGACUGGCAUCUACAUGGACCGCAGUCUCCACAGCCCCAAGUACAUUGCUGUGUUCAACCUGGCCUUCACAGACGUGUGUGAAAGCACGGCCCUGGUUCCCAAGCUGCUGGACAUGUUCCUGUUCAGCAGACAGCUCAUCUCCUACAACCAGUGUCUCACUAGCCUCUUCUUCGUCUUCCUCUUCAUCACCAUGCAGUCCUUCAACCUCACCAUCCUCUCCUAUGACAGACUGGUGGCCAUCUGCUGCCCGCUCAGGUACCACAUGAUGGUCACUCACAGGUCCAUGCUCCAGCUGACGGGCGCCGCCUGGACGUUUGCUGUGUUGAUGAUGUUGAUCGCUGUGUGUCUCAUCACCCGGCUCUCUUUCUGUAGGUCUCUGGUGAUCGACAGCUACUUCUGUGACCACGGUCCCCUGUUCCGUCUGGCGGCCCCCUGUUCUGAUGUGGUCCCUAAUCAGAUGAUGGCGUAUCUCAACCCCUGUAUAGUUCUCUAUCUCCCCAUGGUCUUCAUCGUAUCCUCCUACAUCUGUAUAACACACGCCCUGUUCACCAUCACACUGCCCCAGGACAGACUCAGAGCCAUAAAGACAUGUACCUCACACCUAAUACUGGUGGCCAUAUUCUACCUGCCUGUUAUUUUCACAUACGUCCUCCAAUUCCAAUCCCUCAUACCAACCAACGCCCGGAUCAUCAACCUCUCCCUGACCUCAGUACUGCCACCAAUGCUCAACCCCAUCAUAUACGUUCUGAAGACAGAGGAGUUUAAGGUAUCGGUCAAGAAGCUGCUCAGAAGAGGGGCCCAGAGAGCUGUGACGCAGGUCAAACCAACAUGA